AAUAAGGCGACGGGAUACAGAAGUGAGCAGGGAGCCUGAUCAUGAAGAAAUUGAUAUCAUGACAGCUGCAGACAGUUUAUCGAGCCUUCAUUCAGAAGUCAAAUGAACGCGGUGUAAUCUGGACGCGGGACGACUAUCACUACUCGACUGGACCGCAUUGGGGAAAUGUGGUUCGUCUUUGGUUGAGGUCGUCUCGGUGCAUUUUGACGCUUGUCGGCCUAGCUUGGUUUAGCCUAGCCUAGGUUGGCUCGCUAGCCGCUAACAAAGAGACGCUUUGUGAUCGCUCAGCAGUGAAAAUCGUGUAAAAAUGUCAGCGGGGCGGACAGCGGGGUACGAGGAGGAACUUUGUUGGGCAAAAGACGACAAGGAGCGACGACGUUGCAAACGACUCGAAGCCGUUUGCGAAACGCAGCAUCCGAGAGUUGUGCUUCGUACAGCAGACGUUGGUGAAAAGUACCCUGAUCCUAGCCACCAGGAGACUCCGCCCUUUCCCAUUGGAGGUGAAAAAGAGGAGCAGGAGUCCCCUCACGUGAAAGAAGAAGAAGAGGAGGAGAAACCAGGGCCUCCUUACAUGAAGGAGGAAGAGCAAGAAGAGGACGUCACAAAGUUCCCAUGCCCUGGUAUUUCUCUCAAGACUGAAGAUGAAGAGGACGGUCCCAGUGAGGCCAGAGGAGAGGCGGAGCCUCCCAGCAGCAGGAAGUCAAGUCAACACACGACAACAGGAGCUGACGGACAAUCACCAGCAGAUGGACUCUUGGCGCCACUGUCAGAUAAUGACGACGCAAUGGCAAACUCUACCCAUGAUCAAGAUGAUGACGAGGAGGAAGAGUUUGAAGGUCAUGUGACAUGUCACACUGACAACAAACGCUGGGAAUGUUCCGAGUGUGGGAAAACAUAUGCUUAUAAGGGAAGUUUGAAACAACACAUGCGAACGCACACUGGAGAAAAACCUUAUGCGUGCGCAGUUUGUGGUAAAAGAUUUUCAAAGGCGAGAAUCUUGAAACUACAUACAAGAACACACACCGGAGAGAAACCUUUUGCAUGCACGGUCUGCGGGCAACGAUUUUCUCAGAAGGGAAGUUUAAGCAGUCACACCAGAAUACACACUGGAGAGAAACCUUUUGCAUGCUCCUUUUGCGGCAAAAGUUUCUCUCACAAGCGAAGCUUGACAACACACACGAGAACGCACACGGGAGAGAAACCGUUUCCCUGUUCGGUUUGUGGUAAAAGAUUUCCUGAGAAGGGAAGCUUAAAACGUCACACAAGAACACACACUAGAGAGAGAUCUUUUGGCUGCUCGAAUUGUGGUCAAAGGUUCUCUCAAAAGGAAGAUUUAAAACAACACACAAGGACACAUAUUGUUGAGAAACUUUAUACAUGCACAGUUUGUGGGAACAGUUUCUUUAAUAAGGGAAAUUUGACAACACACACCAGAAUACACGCCGGGGAGAGACCUUUUGCCUGAUGGGAUUCUGAGCAAACAUUCACUCGAAGAAACCAUUUGGGCACCCACACAAGAACGCACACAUACACGCUUGAGAAAAUUUGGCCCUACUUAGUGUGAUAACUUCUUAUAUUCUCCGGACCUUCUCCCAAGCUUCCUGCAGACAAGAGCAGAGAAUGAGCACUCAUGGUGAAAGGCUUCAUACUAAACAAAUUAAAUGCACUUCAAAUACGGGAUGAUGAUUGACACAAUAGGCGGCAGGAAAUUUGGACCCUUUGUGGCAAGAUGUGAAUGUCAUCCUGAAUAAAAUACACCUCUUCACGCA